CGUAUUUCCAAGUUCUAAGAAUUAUAACUUGCACAGUCGCUAGGAGUUGUUCGAAUUGCUCGAUAUGGAUAUGAUCGGAUACGCAGCAAUUGCGAGUCGCAUGUCAAAUUCAUCUGACCUUACCUUACUUCGUAGUUUCUCAUCUCUUAACUAUCAGAAUAUUCUAUACCUCCAGGCCGAAUUGACGCAUAUAGAACAGCUAUGGCGAGAGAAGGAGGUGGAAAUCCAAAAUAGCAUAAAUGAAGACAUGAGAGAGAGGUCUCCUCAUGACUGGGCAGAACUUUAGAAAGACGCAGAGGUCUGGGCCUAAUUUUUACAGCUGAGAAACAAAUUGAAGGAAUAUAGUGCGUUCUACCCCCCCUAAUGUC